CUAAGCGUUUAUACGACUACGCGCUCAAACAUAGGCACUGAAAAUAACAUCGACCUGGUUUUGAAUGUGGACAAUUUUGAUGUGGAAACUAAAUUUGAAAGAACCGUUAAUGUUUCUGUACCAAAGAAAACAAGAAAUAAUGGGACAUUAUAUGCCUACAUAUUUCUUCAUCAUGCUGGAAUUCUGCCUUGGCAUGAUGGCAAGCAAGUGCAUAUAGUAAGCCCUCUCACUACCUACAUGGUACCUAAACCAGAGGAAAUCAAUCUUCUUACAGGAGAACCUAUCACCCAGAUACAAUUGGGCAAGACAGUGCAUUAUCUUCCAAUAUUAUUUAUUGAUCAGCUGAGUAACAGAGUGAAAGAUUUAAUGUGCUUUGGCGAUGUUUCAGCACGGUGAUCAUCUUCCUUUUUCUGUUGGAUGAACAAACAAGCUUAUUGGUGCUGAUUCCAGCUGGUAUUGGAGCAGUGAUUGAGCUUUGGAAAGUGAAGAAAGCAUUGAAAAUGACAAUUGAAUGGAAUGGUCUGAUACCAGCAAUAAAG